AUGGUGCUCCCGAAAACCGACUUUGCCCAUUACAUGCCCGUAGACAUACAAGUCGCCCAAGACGCCGCAAUUGACGGAUUUGCCCUGAACAUUGGAGCCAACGAUAGUUUUUCGACGACUGCACUCCGCAAUGCGUACGGCGCGGCAGCCGAGCUCGGAAACUUCUCGGUAUUCCUGUCCUUCGACUUUGCCGCUGCUGGAAAUUGGACUGUCGACAACAUCGCGAACUUGACCAGCACGUUCAAGGACGAACCAGCGCAGUUCAAAGUCGACAGCAAACCGCUAGUGGGCACCUUUGAGGGGGCUUCGUUUGCCAACGACUGGAAAUGGGUCCGGUCCAAGGUUGAUGGCGGCAUCUUCCUGGUCCCCGACUGGUCAAUUCAGGGGCCGAAAGACAUAAAUCGGACGGUCCGGGACAUUAACGGCGCUUUUUCCUGGUCCGCGUGGCCACAGCCCGGUAAGUUGAGGAUGACAACGGACGCUAACAAGCAGUACCAAAAAUCGCUCAACGGCGAGGCGUACAUCAUGGGCGUGAGCCCCUAUUUCUACACCAGGGUACCAGAGCUAGACAAGAACUGGUACGCAUCGAGCGACAGGCUUUGGUUCGAUCGAUGGAGGCAGGUCAUCGACAUCAUGCCCGACAUGGUUCAGAUCAUCAGCUUCAACGAUUUUGCAGAGUCACACUGCCUUGCCGAUAUCCGCCCGCAGCAGGUCAUUGCCGAAGCGCUACCCUACGUCUCCGGUAUGUCGCACGCGGGAUUCAGGGCCAUUUUGCCGUACUUUAUUGCAGCAUACAAGGCUGGCAGAGAGGAGGUCGCCUUUCCCAAGUCCAUGGGGGCGGGAACGGCAAUCGCCUACUACCGAACCACGCCAGUAAACAUCAGUAAGUGCGCCGACGGAGGAACGGUGUGGGGACAGCAUGGCAACAUGUCGGCCAGGGCAGGCGUGAUUGACGCUAUCAAUGUUAUCGCCGUCUCUGCUCAGAACACGUCCUUGACCGUCUCCCUGGGUCGGGCGUCGCAGACGCUUGACAUUGCUGCAGGGCCCCCGCAGUACUUCCAGGUUCCGUUCGAUGAUCUCAACUACGAGACGGGAAACCUGAUAAUAAGCAUGGGAGGCGAGACUGCACAUGGACCCCCAAUUACCAAAACCUGCCCUGCCUCGAACGACGUGGUAAGAUGAUAGGUCUCCGCAGUCGACUUUCCCUGGAUCGCUGAGUGCAUAUAACUGACUGUGACCCCAGAUCAACUUCAAUUCUGCCUCAAUCUACCUAACAGUCCCCCCGAGGAAUGUUUCCGGCGAUUCCUCUUCAGGUGCCAAGACAGGACAUGCAUCGUCAAUUCAGCUGGCACCUCUGCUGGCGCUUAUCGUGGCAUAUCUCGUCCUCGAAUCUAUUCGGUUUUAAUCAUGCCGAGCGCAUUGCGCCCUGUCACCUGUGUAAAAGCCGGGUUCUGGACGUAUUGCCUCAGCGUU